AUGUGUCGUAGCGGGAUACUUGCGCUCGUUCUCGUUCCUACGAUUAUAUCGUGCGUUGUAGCGGAGGACUACCUAAGAGAAUAUGACUUCCGGAGAGAAAGAAGCCAUAGGGGCGGUGGUUACCUGCCUGGAAAUCUUCAAGAUACGCGAAUUCACUCUCACGGGCAAGUAGAGCAUCUCUAUGGCAGCAAAGACCAGAACGCGGUGCUGUUUUCGGGAGGCAUUCGUAGAGACGCACCGGCAGGUUUCGAAAUGAACGAACGUUUCUACGACCUGUUACCCAACUACGCCCGCAGGCAGGUUGAUGACAGAAGCAAAUACGACCCGCCUCCCAUCAACCCCUCUCGCAGGCAGGUUGAUGACAGAAGCAAAUACGACCCGCCUCCUAUCAACCCCUCUCGCAGGCAGGUUGAUGACAGAAGCAAAUACGACCCGCCUCCUAUCAACCCCUCUCGCAGGCAGGUUGAUGACAGAAGCAAAUACGACCCGCCUCCUAUCAACCCCUCUCGCAGGCAGGUUGAUGACAGAAGCAAAUACGACCCGCCUCCUAUCAACCCCUCUCGCAGGCAGGUUGAUGACAGAAGCAAAUACGACCCGCCUCCUAUCAACCCCUCUCGCAGGCAGGUUGAUGACAGAAGCAAAUACGACCCGCCUCCUAUCAACCCCUCUCGCAGGCAGGUUGAUGACAGAAGCAAAUACGACCCGCCACCCAUCCACUCCCGCAGGCAAGUUGAUGACAGAAGCAAAUACGACCCGCCACCCAUCCACUCCCGCAGACAAGUUUAUGACAGAAACACGUACCCCCUGCAUCCUUUCAACCCCUCUCGCAGAUACGUCUCCAAUGGGAUGUACAAGCAGCCGGAUAAUGGAAACUCGUUUGAACAGCCGCCUCUUUUAUCUCGCAUACUGGAAACCAACACAAACAACGUGAUAAUGUGGGGAUCUGACCUUGAAGAACGCUUGGCUCCUGACUUUGAAGAACGCAUGGCUCCUAACCCUGAAGAAUUCAUACUUCCUGACUUUGAAGGACGCAUGGCUCCUGACUUUGAAGAACGCAUGGUUCCUGACUUUGAAGGACGCAUGGCUCCUGGCUGCAACGAAGAGUGCAAUGAAUCCGGAAAGUAUAAACCGCGGCCUGGUCACCCUCCGCCUUAUGUUUCCCGACGCAGUCAUACUAAUCUCAAUGCGAAUCUCAAUCUUAAUAAGAAUAGUUUGGUCUAA